AUGGCGACCAAUUUUAAUCUCGAAGAUGAGCAACGUCGAUUACAAGAAGAAAAUAUGCGUCGUUUACGUGAGCUCGAAUUGGCUCGAUUAAGCGAAGAAGACGAGCAGGAAGCUCGUAAAGAACUUGAAGAAUAUGAUGAAUCGGAACGUAAAAUACAGACUCUUGAUGGCAAUGAUAAGCAACGAGUAGAGGAAUAUGAAUGGGAUAUAAAUGAUACAAACAAAGAAAUUGAAAAAGCCGAUAAAGACCUCGAUCGAAUCCAAGAAAAACUGGACAAAUCUGAAGUAAUACAGAAGACACAUGCUGAUGAUCUUAAAGUCUUAACUGAUUCUCUUGCAAGUCUUACAUCCGAAAUAGAAAAUGUUCACGGAGAACUUCAAAACUUACGAAAACAGCAACAUGCUCUCACUAUAGAACAAGACAAUUUCCAAUCUACACUCAUUAAACAAAAGCAAAUAUUGGAUGACACAAAUGCAAGCAUAAUUGCUAUAGAACAACGAAUCACCAUAUUGAAUAAUCAAAAGCGUUUAUUCGAAGAACAACGAAACAAACUGAAUGAUGAGCUAACAAGAAAUGAAACAAGUUUGAUAUCUGUUGAAGAACAAAUAAAUAAGCUUAAUGAUGAACUCAAAGAGUUGCAAAAAGAUGCAACAAAAUUACAGGUCCAAUCAGAUGAAUUGAAAGGUGCUGUCGAUUUAAUUGUUCAACAAUGGAAAAAAAAUCAAGAGGAAUUAGCUGCAUGUGUAGCCAGUGUGCAAAAGCAGGAAAAUCUCAUGCAUCAAUUGGAAAAAGAACAGCAACAAAUCAGUAUUGAAAUUCAACAUUUACAAAAUUCGAUGGAGCGUAUCCUAGAAAUGAUCAAUCAGAAUGAAGAAGUGAAACGUGAUUUGACAGCACAUAUUGAACAGAAGAAUCGAGAUAAGCAAAAGGCUGAACAGAAUGAAAAAAUAGCGAAUGAUGCAGUUGAACAAGCAGAAAAGGCUCUUGAAGCAUUGGAAAUACAAAUGAACACAUUGCGAGAUCAAUUAGCACAAUUAACUCAAGAUAAAAGUCAUCUGGAAGAACAAUGUCGUCAAGCAGAGAACGAAAUUCAAGAAGCGAAUCAAGAUAAACGGCAUCAAAACAUUGUAGCACGAAAUUCAAUGGCGACCAAUUUUAAUCUCGAAGAUGAGCGACGUCGAUUACAAGAAGAAAAUAUGCGUCGUUUACGUGAGCUCGAAUUGGCUCGAUUAAGCGAAGAACAGGAGCAGGAAGCUCGUAAAGAACUUGAAGAAUAUGAUGAAUCGGAACGUUAA